AUGCACCUCUUCACUAUGCCUUCCGCCAUGCUUGGUCUGGCUGCUUUCGCAUAUCUUCCCGCUGCCCUCGCAAAGCCUUAUCCCCCACUCCACUUUCAAGACUUGGAAAAUUACCACAACUCGUCCCAGUCUAUCGAAAAACGAGCCUGCGACGGAGUUCCCUGCGGUUACGGCGGCUGGCUAUGCUGCCCUUCAGGCUCGACCUGCUACACCGAUGCGCAGAACCAGGCGCAAUGCGGCGGCGCUGGCAACGCAAGCCCACAGGGAACAGGAGGCGUGUGGGAGUACCACACCACCACUUAUGUUGAGACUGUCGGACUCCUCACAAAGACUUCAGUCUUCAGCACUUACGUCCCUGCGACUGCGACACAGACUUGCAAAGACUCGCAAAAUCCAUGCGGUUCCACCUGCUGCGACUCGGGAUUCUACUGCCUCACUGCCGGCCAAUGUGCUCUGAUUGCUGGUGGAAGUUCUGGAGGUAUUUCACCCUCCGCUCCUCUUCGGCCCACUGGCUCAGGCGUUGUUAUAGUCACCUACACUGGCACCCCAACCGCCACGGUUCCCUUCCAGACCCCAAUUCCCACUGGCGCAGCUGGCAAUGACCUCGUUCCCACUGAGGGUCAGGACAACGGUCUUAGCGGUGGCGCCAUUGCCGGUAUCGUCAUUGGUGUCAUUCUGGGCGUUUUGCUCCUGCUUCUGUUGUGUCUUUUCUGCUGCGCUCGCGCCCUCUUCGACACUCUUCUCGCCAUCUUUGGUUUCGGCAAGAAGCGCAAGCACAGCCACGAGGAAACCUACAUCGAAGAGCACCACCACAGCGGAGGCGCAGCUGGCGGACGCUGGUACGGCGCAGGUCGUCCUGCUCGCCCCUCGCGCGCUGGCUCAGAGAAGCACAGCGGCGCAAAGAAGGGUCUCGGCAUUGCUGCUGGUCUUGGUGGCCUGGCGCUUGCACUGGGUCUGAAGAGACACCAGGACCACAAGGCGGACGACAAGAGCACGACUGUCAGCGGAACUUCAUACAUGUACAGCGACUACACCAGUACAAGCAGCGCAAGCUCAUCAGACCGACACACUCGCCGAACACGACACUCGUCAAGGCGGUAA